UAUUGCGCUUGGAGUUGUGGCUGCUAGGAGUAAUAAAACACUGCAAACGUCAUAAAAAGUAAAGUAAUUCAGAAGACUGGGUUUAAGUGUCUGCAUCAGUUUUUGUGUCAUUUUAAAACAAUAAGGAUAACUUUUAACUUUUUGAUUUCAUACUAAAGUUUUACUUUUUUCAAACAUGUCGACUUAAGGUGGACACUUCCUAGAGAGUGACAAGUAGCCAGUGGCGUAGAUUGGGGGUGGCGAUAGAGAGGGGGUGCGGCCACAGGGCUGACAACUGGCAUGCACGUCAGGAGUUGGUCCAGAGUGUGUCUCUGGGCCACAGUGCGAGUGUGAGCUUGACAUGCAAACACCAGGCAGAGAUUUUCACCAUCUAAGUGGUCACAUCUUCUCAGACAUGGUGGACACCCAGCAGCUCCUGGCUUGGCCCGUGAAUUUCAGCCUGAGCACGGUGGACCUGCCAGAGCUGGAUGACAGCUCCCACUGCCUCGACAUGAAACAUUUGUCCACAUCAGACUACGUCUCCAUUUCCUCCUCCUCCUCCAUCCCGUCCUCCCUGUCUCCCUCGCUCGUCUCUUCCAUCUCGUCCGUCGGUGUGGCCUACGACAUCAGUCCACCGCUGAGUGAAGAACACCUCACCAACAUGGACUACGCAAACAUGCACAGCUAUAGGACAGAGCUAGACAUGCACAAUUCGAUCAAGCUGGAGCCCGAGUCACCUCCACAGUACUCUGACAGUCCCGCGUUCUCCAAGUUUCCAGAUGAUGCGUCAGCGACGGCGUUAAACAUCGAGUGUCGUGUGUGUGGGGACAAAGCCUCUGGGUUUCAUUACGGUGUCCAUGCCUGUGAGGGCUGUAAGGGUUUCUUCAGACGCACUAUCAGGCUAAAGUUAGUCUACGAUCACUGUGACCUUCACUGUCGCAUUCACAAGAAGUCCCGCAACAAAUGCCAAUACUGUCGUUUCAAGAAGUGCCUCAAUGUGGGCAUGUCGCACAAUGCCAUUCGUUUUGGCCGCAUGCCCCAGGCGGAGAAGGACAAACUGCUGGCCGAGUUCUCAUCCGACAUGGAGCAUUUGCACCCGGAGGCAGCGGAUCUGAGGGCUCUGGCCCGCCAUCUCUAUGAAGCCUAUCUAAAACAUUUCCCCCUCACCAAGGCCAAGGCCAGAGCCAUCCUCUCUGGGAAGACUGGAGAAAAAGUGCCUUUUGUCAUUCAUGACAUGAAGUCUUUAAUGGAAGGAGAGCAGUUUAUUAACUGUAGGCAGGUACCGGUCCCGGAUCACCAACAGCAGAUCUCUCCCGUUACAGCUGGACUUGGAGGAUACCCAGAAGCCUACUUGGGAACAGACUGUGGAGCUUUGGGAACAAACCUGAGUGCACAAACGCCAGACAUGGUGGAGCUUCGUUUCUUCCACAGCUGUCAGUCACGCUCAGCAGAAGCAGUGAGAGAAGUGACAGAGUUUGCAAAGAGCAUCCCAGGAUUCAUCGAACUGGAUCUCAACGAUCAGGUCACAUUGCUGAAGUAUGGAGUGAUUGAAGUCCUGAUCAUCAUGAUGUCACCUCUGAUGAAUAAGGACGGCACCCUGAUCUCCUACGGACAGAUUUUCAUGACGCGGGAGUUCCUCAAGAGUCUCAGGAAACCUUUCUGUCAAAUGAUGGAGCCUAAGUUUGAGUUCUCGGUUAAGUUUAACACGCUGGAGCUGGACGACAGCGACAUGGCUCUGUUUCUGGCUGUCAUAAUCCUCAGCGGGGACCGGCCUGGCCUGCUGAACGUGAAGCCUAUCGAGCAGCUUCAGGAGACCGUGCUUCACUCGCUGGAGCUGCAACUGAAGCUGAACCACCCAGACUCUCUGCAGCUGUUCGCCAAGCUGCUCCAGAAGAUGACUGACCUGCGACAAAUAGUCACAGAUCACGUUCACCUCAUCGAGCUGCUGAAGAAGACUGAGGUGGACAUGUUCCUACACCCCCUGCUGCAGGAGAUCAUGAAGGACUUGUAUUAGAAUUUAAAUGAGAAGAGAGCAGAAGAAGGGCUGACUGUUGAGUUGUCGAAUCAGUCACACGAGCGCUGGUUGGAAAUGUGGCUGAGAAAGUAAAAAGCUAAAGAAGACGGGGAGCAAUGGGAAAAGAAAAAUCGCGGAAGGAGAUAGAAUCUGUGUUUUAGAGCUUUUCUGAACAGCCUGCAUGUGUGUAACUUGGUGGUGCACGGUUGUUUAGCAGAGCCUGGACUACUUGGCUGUCUUGUCAGUCUACAUAUAAAACUACCAGCAACCAGGAAGACCGCCGAUGAAUCACUGAGAGAGAAGGAACUUUCAGAUGUCAAGCUCGGAGUAAAAAUCACAAACGCUUCAACACAAUUUGUGCCUUAAACAGAAAUGCAGCAAUGUGUUCAUGUGCAGCUCAUCAUAAUGACUCUUUCACAGCCAAUCGUAGGUGGCAGCAGUGUGUGUGAACGUGCAUCAAUACCUCCAUGAACACGCAUGAACGCUCACAUGCAAAAAUAUGUACCAUUUCUCUGUUUUGGCAUCGAGGUGAAGGUGCUAUCUCAUUUUAAUCAGCUUCUUCCAAAAACAGAAACUUGUUCACUUGUGAGGAACUGUGAGAAAGUCUGAAGCUACCAAAAAUCACGUAGUAAUGAUUCUAUUCACUCUUAUGCACAAGCUCAGCUGCACUCGUCAUACUGCUCGUAUGGUAAAACAUUCAGCUUCCAUUUUUUGUUUGAAUGGAUGUUUUGCAACCUUAAUAUGUAUAUUAUACAUGUUGAAUGUAUGACGUGUAUAAUCACUUGUUUCCGUUUGUGUGGAUUUGUCAGACAGAACUUGCCUUUGAGCUUCAGGUUUUCUUUUUUUUCAGAUUCAGCAAAUUGGUCGAGCUCUAAUUUUUACUGUGAAACGUUUUUACUGUUUGGGGGAGCACAAAGAGAUGGGAUCGAUGCCACUGAUGGGGUAAAAGAAGAAGAAAUUAGCUGUAAAUAAAAUAUUUUCUAACUUUUUUA